AUGAAGAUUCUAGCCAAUGUUUGCAGAAGACUGGAUUGUGGUUCUCUGGUGUCAGCCAGAACAACAAUAGGUCAUUUCAACAUAACUUGUUCAGACUCUGUCAGGCUGGAGAACGGAUCCAGUCGGUGUUCAGGCAGGCUGGAGGUGAAGUCCAACAACUCGUGGUCCUCCGUGUGUGAAGAUGACUUUGACCUGCUGGAUGCAGAGGUGGUCUGUGGGGAGCUGGGCUGUGGGGCUCCUUCAGUCCUCCAGGGGGCGCUCUAUGGAGAAGCAGAAGCUCCCAUAUUGAGCAGAGAGUUUCUCUGUGAAGGUCAUGAGUCUGUUCUUCUGGACUGUGGAAGCUCAUGGAGGAAAACAAAAGCCUGUCCACCUGACAAAGCUGUUGGACUCACCUGCUCAGACUCUGUCAGGCUGGAGAACGGAUCCAGUCGGUGUUCAGGCAGGCUGGAGGUGAAGUCCAACAACUCGUGGUCCUCCGUGUGUGAAGAUGACUUUGACCUGCUGGAUGCAGAGGUGGUCUGUAGGGAGCUGGGCUGUGGGGCUCCUUCAGUCCUCCAGGGGGCGCUCUAUGGAGAAGCAGAAGCUCCCACAUUGAGAAGAGAGUUUCUCUGUGAAGGUCAUGAGUCUGUUCUUCUGGACUGUGGAAGCUCAUGGAGGAAAACAAAAGCCUGUCCACCUGACAAAGCUGUUGGACUCACCUGCUCAGAUCCUGUUACUAUGAGACUGAUGGGAUCGAGUCGUUGUUCUGGUGAACUCCAGGUGAAAAUCGGAGGAGAAUGGAGAGCUGUUGAUGCUGAAAGAUUUCUAAGAACAGAGACAACAUCAGCAUCUGUGUGCAAGAACCUGAAAUGUGGAUCCCACGUUUCAUCGACAACUAAACAACUUCCAAGAGAAAAAACAGUUUUCAGGAUUAGGUCUUCCUGCUUUCAUAUAUUUCCACUAAAUAUGGAGGAAUGUUUGUAUGAAAACACAAUGGGCAACCGCACAUUGGAAAUCACCUGCUUAGACUCUGUCAGGCUGGAGGACGGAUCCAGUCGGUGUUCAGGCAGGCUGGAGGUGAAGUCCAACAACUGGUGGUCCUCCGUGUGUGAAGAUGACUUUGACCUGCUGGAUGCAGAGGUGGUCUGUAGGGAGCUGGGCUGUGGGGCUCCUUCAGUCCUCCAGGGGGCGCUCUAUGGAGAAGCAGAAGCUCCCAUAUUGAGCAGAGAGUUUCUCUGUGAAGGUCAUGAAUCCUGUUACUAUGAGACUGAUGGGAUCGAGUCGUUGUUCUGGUGA